AUUCUCUCCUCAUCUUGUUUUCUGCUCAACCCACAACCCCACCGCCAAGUGGCACCACCGAUAGCCAGCCUCCUCCACCCCACGGGCCUGAUCGAGCCCAUCGCAAGCCCGCCCAUGCCCGAACGUCCCCGCCGCCCGCUCCUCCGAGCCGGGAGUUCCCGCAUGCCCAGCUCCCGAGCUCCUUUGUGCGGGAACUCACCCACCACCGCCCCAAGCUCGCCGGUGAAGUGCCCCACCAUGAGCGCCGCCGCAAGUGCCGUCGUCGCUGCGCCGAGGCACGACACGCCGCCACAACCUCGCCUCCUUCCGAUCGAAGCCCGCGAGCCCCACCGUCGUGGUUGCCCCGCCGCUCCCCGGCUUCUUCGUUGCCAAGAACGGGCCAGACGGCCCCGGAUCCGGUGGCCCUCGGCCAGAUCCGGUUGUCCCCAGAACCCCGCCGGCCUCCGUGUAGUUGUGCCGAGACCAUGGAUGAGAGCUCGGGAUCAAGGGCAAGCCUCAAGGCUCAGCUCGCCUCAAGGCCAAGCUCGCCUCAGCCUCUUUCGUGUCUGGGCCGCCGCCUUCGCAAGGCCCAGCCAGAUCUCUAGCAUCCGCGUGGGCCUCUUCUCCCACCUCGGGUCGCGUCGCCCCCCCUCGGCCCGACCGGACCGCGUCGCCGGACUGGUCGCAUUGACCGUCGGCCCAACCUCUGCAGCAAGCCGAGUGGCCCCUCUCGUGAGCCGCUCUGCUCUAUGCACUGUUUAAUAUGCUGCGCCUAUGCUCUUGUACCAGAUUCGGCCCAUGUAGUUAUUUUUAUUUUCAGCUUGCUGUGAAUUUGUCCAUUAUCCACUAAUUUUCAUAU